AUGCUGUCUGUCCUUCCUCGAACCAGUGUCAUCAGCCGAUCUGCGCGACUCCUCUCGACGACGACUUCUUCCUCCUUCUCUACCCUCUCGACCCACGUCUCCCUGAACGCCCGCGCCACCGACAAGCUCGACCGUCUGCAGCGUCGCUCACCUGCUCUAUUCUCUCAGCCAAACAAACCCGCACAGCGAUCAUACUCGAUGCCGAUCCCUGCGUGCCCAUACUCUGGCCCGAAGCAGCCGGACCUGAUACAAUCUGUGGAGGUGCCGCUGACGCGCGAGGCGACGUUCCUGAUUCUGACGCUGAGCGAGCAGAAGCAGGACGCAGCAUCGACCGUGCGCGACGUGCUCGGCGACGUAUCUGACCUCGCAAAGAACCUCGCCGUGCGCGACGGCAACGCCGCGUUCACUGUCACGAUUGGCGUUGGCGCCAAGGCGUGGGACAGCGUCAUGCAGAUGCCGCGCCCGAAGGAGCUGCACCCCUUCAAGGAGUUCAAGGGCAACAAGCACACGGCCGUCUCGACGCCGGGCGAUCUGCUCGUUCACAUCCGCGCCAACAGGCGCGACAUGGUUUUCGAAUUCGAGCGGCAGUUCAUGAACAAGCUCGGCGACAGCGUCAAGGUCCAGGACGCCGUGGCGGGAUUCCGGUACUUUGACGGGCGGGACCUGCUUGGCUUCGUGGACGGCACGGCGAACCCGGUCGGCCAGGGCGUCCCGGACGCGGUGCGCGUGACGGAGAACCUCGACCCGAACGGCAUUGACGGCACCUACGUCACGGUGCAGAAGUACCUGCACAACCUGGACGCGUGGGGCAAGCUGAAGACGGAGGAGCAGGAGGCGAUCAUCGGGCGCACCAAGCUCGACAACAUUGAGACGCCGGACCAGCCCGAGGACGCACAGAAGCCGCACAAGCAGCUCAACACUAUCGAAGUUGAUGGUCAGGAGUAUGACAUUCUCCGAGACAACAUGCCGUUCGGAGACCCGAGCAGCAAGGAGUACGGAACCUACUUUAUCGGAUACAGCGCUCGUUUGUGGGUCACUGAGAAGAUGCUCGAGAACAUGUUCAUCGGGGUUCCGCCUGGCAAGUACGACCGCAUCCUCGACUUCUCCGACGCCGUCACCGGCUGCACGUUUUUCGUGCCCAACAGUGCUGUCCUGAACUCGCUCGGAUAG